AGAAGGAACAAAACGCCAAAGCUUCCUCCUUUGCCAAAGUGUGACCCAUAACCCUCCCAGCUCUGUAUUUUCUGUCUGUUUCUUUUGCCAAACUCUCUGAUUUUGGACUAGCCAAAGAUGGUCCUGAGGGAGAUAAAACUCACGUAUCCACUCGGGUAAUGGGCACGUAUGGCUAUGCUGCACCAGAAUACAUGAUGACUGGACAUUUAACGUCAACGAGUGAUGUCUACAGCUUUGGAGUAGUCUUACUUGAAAUGUUGACUGGCCGAAGAUCUAUGGACAAAAAUCGACCAAAUGGUGAGCACAAUCUUUGUGCAGUGGGCAAGACCUCAUCUUGAAGACAAGAGAACGGUUGCUAGAUCCUCGCCUUGAAGGCCACUUCGCUAUCAAAGGUGCUCAGAAAGCUGCCCAGCUUGCUGCCCAAUGCCUUAGCCGUGAUCCCAAAGCCAGACCACGGAUGACUGAAGUUGUUGAAACCCUAAAGCCUCUGCAAAGCCUAAAAGAUGUGGCCAGCUCUUCUUAUUACUUCCAAUCCAUGCAAGUUGAUCGCACAAGAUCAAACUCAAGUUCCAAAAAUGGAAUUAGGACACAGGGAGGAUUCAUAACAAGGAAUGGACAAUCUAUGAGGAUUUUAUCCAGUUCAAAUGGUUCUCAAGCUUCUCCAUAUCGCCUUCAACAGUCACCAAAGCCUAAUAAAGCGAGAGUAUAGCUUCGAAUUGCACAUUCAACCUCAGUAGGACUCGACAAGUCUUCCUUGCCUUGUCACAGUCAGU